UCAUCCGGGAGCGCCGCAGGGGCGGGAGCAGAGAAGGGGGAGCGGGACGGGGAGGGCGGCUGGGCUGCCCCCGAGUCGGCCUCGCCAUGGCCCGCCAGCUCAUCGGCCCCGCGCUGCCGCCCGGCUUCCCGCGCCGCGCCGAGGCCGAACCGGGCGAGGACUUCAGCCAGGUUGCAGGACCAGCACUGCCUCCAGACUACAAAAGCAACUGUAGCUCAGAAACUCCUGACAGUGAUGACGACUCAGAAUCUCUUCCCCUACCCAGAGACACAAACAGAGAUUCUGAAGAGGAGGCAGAAGGAGAUCCAGCACUGAAAAAGCCAAAAAGAAUUCAUGAAGACGAUGAUGAUGAUGGCUUUUUUGGGCCAGCUCUUCCUCCUGGAUUUAAAAAACAGGAUGAUUCUCCAGAGAGGCCCAUUAUAGGUCCUGCAUUACCACCUGGCUUUAGGAAAGCUUCAGAGGACACCAGAAGUAGCAGAUGUUUCAUAGGACCGUCUGUUCCGUCAGAAUCCCGUCCCCAGCUGACGGAUAGUAGCGAGGACGAAGACAAUUUAAUAGGCCCAAUGCCUGCAAAAGGACCAGUGGAGUCUGAUGUGGCUAAAGAGUUUGAACGCAGAGCUCAGAGAAUGAAAGAAAAGCUUACUUCAGCAGACACCGAUGAACCCAAACAAGUUACCAGGGAAUCAUGGAUGACAGAGCUUCCACCUGAGUUGAAAAGCUUUGGAUUUGGCCCAAGAACAUUCAAGAGACGAGCUGAUGACAAAUCAGGAGAUAGAUCUAUUUGGACAGAUACUCCUGCUGACAGAGAGAGAAAAGCCAAGGAAAGAGAAGAGGCAAAAAAGUCAAGCAGUAAGGAUAAUGAAGAAAUGGUAUUAUCUGGGAGGGACAAGAGGCUUAUUGAGCAGGUGACUUCAUACAAUGAGUCAAAGAGGUCAGAGUCUCUCAUGGACAUCCACCAGAAAAAGCUGAAGAGCAAAGCAUCCGAAGAAAAGAGCAAACCUCAGGAAAGAAGGCCAUUUGACCGAGAGCAGGAUCUCAAAGUCAAUCGCUUUGAUGAAGCACAAAAGAAAGCUCUUAUAAGAAAAUCCAGAGAUCUGAAUAGUAAAUUUGAGCACAGUAAAGGCAACAUGUUUUUAUAAGAUGAAAGCAUUAAGCUUUUUUGAUGUGAAGUCCAUUAAAAUUUGAAUACUUAAUUUUGUAAGUAUUUUUCUGUAAAUAUUUGUAUGCAAAAUAAAUAUCCUGAUGUUUAA